GGGGCAGAGAGGGAGAGAAAGAGAGAUAGACGAUAGAGGGGCGGGAAGGGGUGACGGAGACGGUGCCGCGGAGGCGCGGAGUAGCGGUGGCGCACGGCGCGGCGGUGGCGCGAGAAAGCGCUUAAAGCGAGCACACGUACGGGGUGAGACGUGCGCUGGUUGGUGUGUUGGUUGUAUAUUGUUUUGAAAAGUGUCGCGGCGCACGCGGACGCACGCGACGUAUCACAUCACGUUGCGUCGCAUCGCAUCGCAUCGGGUCGCCGUGCCUCGGUCGCGAGGCGCGAAGCUCAAUCGGAGUACUCCGGCGAGAUCUCGUGUCUUCUCUCCGCUAGACGAGGUAGAGCGAGCAAAGUGUACAUUUUUGUGUCUGCCGGUCGUUCGUAUACGUAACAUAUUCGUCGUCGUGCGUCGUGCGUGCGUGCCUGCGUGCGUCUGCUUUGCUCGAUCGCGCGUAAACGCGACGGGAAAAACGAACGCGAGAAAAGCGUGUGCCGCGGGGUAAUGCACGCGACGCGCGACGAGGAAGCUGCCGUCGGGAGACCGGUGAGUGUCCCGCAGUGACGAGAUAACCGGCGCCGAUUUUUUCGUCGUCUUCGCGGCGCGGCGCGGCGCGGUGCGGCGACGGGACUACCGCGACGUGAAAUCGUCGACCCGGGGGAGUGUUAGUAGUGCAUUGUCGUCGUCGGACUACGCCGACGACGGCGACGACGACGACGACCACGACGACGACGACGAGGAGAAGGAGGAGGAGGAGGAGAUCAGUGUCGUCGCGCGGAGGAAACUUAGGGGGAAACCUGACGUUUUGUGUCGUUUUGUCGUACGGUCUCUGCUGAGCGCGCUCCGAUAAUCCCGGAGGAAGGCAACGUCCUAUCUUCGCCACCGCGGCUUGGAUGGAUACUGUGCAUUAUUUCUGGAGCAGUGCGGUGGCUGCAGCCGACACCAUUUCCGCGCCGUGGACCCCCGCGAGUUCCGGGCCGCCGCCCGACGCCAACGGCUCCGGCUCGGAUACGAAGAACCUCGACGUUGGCGAAAUUAGCGAUGACGAGAAGGACCUGUCGGCAGCGGACGCAGAGGGUGUGUGGUCGCCGGAUAUCGAACAGAGCUUUCAGGAAGCUCUUACCAUAUAUCCGCCAUGCGGUCGUCGCAAAAUCAUCCUUUCCGACGAAGGGAAGAUGUACG